CUCGGGAAACAUCACAGUCAAUAUCGAAGGAAGAGUAUCAAGAACACCGUCAGAAGACGAUCUCGGUUCUCGGUUUUAGUCGCCCAUCGUGUCACGUGUUGUGAGCUCUGCCACUUCAGUGCUUUACCUGGAAUAUUCCGCCGAAUGCGAUCAGACGAGAGAGAACUAGGUUUAGAUAUUAGAUAUAAUUGAAAAGUGAAAUAAUUGUGAUAAUAAGUGCCACUAUCGAAUUCGCAUAGACUUGAACCACCGGAACCUACAAAAGGAAAAACAAGCUGACAGAAUGUGUGAUAUUCUAUCGGCUAUGUCGUAUGGAUUGUAUCCGCACCAGCAACGACCCAAGAAGAGAAUUAAAAUAAAUAUGACGAUUCCCUCGAGACCAGCACCACCACCCCCGCAGGUGUCGUCCAAUAAAAUCAACCGUUACAGUCCGGCCACCAGUUGGGGUGAUAUGCCCUUCAAUUCACAGCGCGCGGGAGCACCAACGGCACCGAGGCAACCACCCCUUUUCGGGGCUCAACCAAAUCAGAAAGCGAAGAAGGCACCCCCACCGAGACCACCUCCACCGAAAGUGGUGCCGGCUCUCAAGAAACCCGGUCAGCCACAGUCCAUCAACAUUUUGUCCAACAUAUUCGGCCAGAAACGGAAUCACAGCGGACCGAAGCCCCCGAUCGCACCGAAAUGUCAGAUUCCGGUGAAACUACCGCCUCCGCCAAAAUUGCCACCACCCUUGGGGCAACAUUCAACCAACUAUGGUUCUACAGCGUCCACACCCAGUAGCGGUCAUGGUUCUAGCUACACGUCCGACCUCCAGCUCAUCAGUUUCGAUUCACCUCCUAGUUCGCCAACAUUCACCCAAAAAUCAUGCAGCGAUUGUAUCAGUGUGGACAGUUUCAGUUCCGAUUCGAACUACUCUUCCCCCAACAAUGGCAGCAUGUCGCAGACCGAGAGUGGUUUCGAGGAUGAUUUCGUAAAUCAAAACGAACACCAGCGGUCGAAAACGACCACACCGGCAUCGAUGGCAGUGACGAAGGAUCUCUGGGAUCUGUCCGAUCCCUUCGGGAUGCCACCGCCUUUGAACCGGGCAACCACAUCCAAUCACAAUAUCUACGCACCUCUGAGCUCUGCCACCAUCCGAGCUCCGACGGUGAACAGCAAACUGUACGAAUCCGAAUUUGUCGAUCCACUGUGUAACGGAAAAACCGUUGUGCCCAAAGUACAAACCGUCGCGAUGCCAACUAUAAUAAAAUCUUCCACUUUAAACGCCUCUGCCACUGGCAGCAGCAACAUCAGGCCAAAUCCUGCAUUGAAACCGAAACCAACGGUAGCACCAGUGCAACCGGUGUGGGUAACCUCGAAAGCACCUGUACCGUUGCCAACGGUGGCCACGGCCUUCCCGCCAGAUAGCACCAGCUUUGACGACGGAGAGGAAUCGUUAGAUUCGCUACCUUCGCCUCCGAUGCCAAACAUUCCACCUCCACCGCCACCAGCAUGCGUUGAAGUUGCUGAUAUCAAGGAAGUCGCGAGCUCGGAGGCCGCUUCUCGCCAGGAACCGUACGGAAUCGCAAUGUAUGACUUUAAUGGUGAAACCGACGAAGAUCUCGAUUUUAGGACCAACGAUAAAAUUUAUCUGCUGAAGCGACUGAAUGAGGAAUGGCUGCUUGGUCGGAAUCGACAAGGCUGUGAAGGAAUGUUUCCUGCCAACUAUAUCGAAGUGCGGGUGCCCUUGCCUGGUGAACGUUUGCCAACCAAUUCCAACAACAACAACACGGCUUCUGCUGACCAUGGUGAUAUUAGUCCGAUUAGUGUAACCAAUAGUUUUAGCCAUCCGCGGGUACGGGUACUGUACACGUUCAACGCAGAAAUGCCGGAAGACCUCACCAUUAUUGAGAAUGAAUUCGUGACCGUGAUGUACCAGGUAAACCAGGAAUGGCUAUUUGGAGACAUGUACGGACAACAGGGCCAAUUUCCGGCCAACUUUGUCGAGUACGUUCCACCGAAUCUACCACCGAUGCCGGCAAGCGGAACAUAAGCUAUCACUACGUCAUUGACUUGUGUUAUAAAACCACGUUAUGCUUUUGAAAGCAUCUAUUUGUGAUCGAAUAUUGGAUUUUAGUGCCCUCCCUCGCAACGAGCAGGUCUGUGGAAGAAGAAAUACGUGAGCGAGAUGUCUAGAUUAAAUAUGAUACGCUAUUUUAUCGUCCUAGAUAUAAAUUGCCGUUUUUGUAAUCCGUAUAGUGUAGCAUAACAUAUCGAUCACUGGGGAGCUUUUUAUAGAAUUUUACACGCUAAAGCACUGAACACAUAAGCAAACAAAAACUAGACAAAAGGCCAUUAACUGAGGGUAGCCACAAAACCUUUAGUUGUAAGCAUUUUUUGAUAACAUUCUGUAUAUAUUUUGUUACAUCAAAUACAUAUUUUGUGCAAGCUCGAGAACAUGCUGCUCAGAAUGGAAUUGUUCCAUGGCGUGUUGUUCCUUAUGAGAUUGACGAUUUGGAUUGUAGAUUGUUGCAGUGUGAGCGAAUAUUGUAAUGAAAAGAGUUAACAUUUUUGGAAAAACCAUUGAUUGGAUUGGUAUGGCGCGAUACGAAUAUGCAUAAUAAAAUACAAAUACAUAAGAUUAAUCGUAUAGAUCUGAAUCUAGCGAUUUUCACUAUUUUGCUACUACUAAAAGGAGUUUAUAACCUAAAAAUUGUACUAGCGGUAAGGCUAAUCAUAACUUAUUAAAAACAUAAGAUUCUUUACGCUAAGCAUCAUGAUAUUUUGUAGGGUUUUUUUCUAAUCUUACUCAAUAAAUGUGUGCAUCUCAUGAA